AUGGCUUCUUCACCAAUUUCUACAUCCACAAUUGCUCCUUCUUCUAUCUCUAAUGAGCCAUCUCUCUCAAGCCGUGUUCUUGUGGUUAUUAACGUGGCCACACAGGUCCCUCUCAAACUCACUGACAGCUGCGACUUUCCUUGGCGUAAGCAGUUUGAUGUGCUUCUCACAGGCUAUGAUCUCUAUGGUUUUGUCAACGGCAAUCUUCCAUGUCAGUCGUUGACUUUUUCUGAUCAAUCUCCAAAUCCUGACUAUUCCUUUUGGAUCCUCCAGGAUUUCCUUAUGCUUGGUACGCUGCUGGCUUCUCUCUCUCCUGAAGUUCAUCAGAUUGUGGCCACUUCUAAAACAUCCAAAGAUGCAUGGGAUCGACUUGCCGGAAGGCUUCUUAAACCACAAGGUAUUCGGUCUAUCUUGAAGUAUCUUAAUGAUGUUAAAAGUGCAGCAGACGAACUCCACCUUUUAGAUCACCCUGUGAGUGAAGAUGAUCUUACUCUAUUUAUUCUUAAUGGUCUCUCUACUGCCUUCGAGAGUAUUUCUACAGCAUUUCAUACCCGCGAUUCUUCUAUCAGUUUUGAAGAAUUACAUGAGAAAUUAAAGGAGCAUGACAAUUAUAUUAAAUGA